AGAUUUUUGGAUUUUGCCUAUGCACAUAUCGAGUUGAGUUUAUGUUUGGGCUAGGUCAUUUUGGGCUUAAGAAAAAAAAAAUAUCAGUACUAGCCACUAGGUCAAACUCAAUUGUAAUCGUUCGUUAGUUUCAUUAAUUAACGAUUGUAUUUUAGACUGAUUACGCGUAGUUCCACAAAAUUGAUUUCUCUACAUCCUGUAAUUAUUCUUUUCCUAAUUUCAAAACUUUGAUCUUUACUUAAUAGUAGAUUGAUAUUGGUUUAUCACGUUUUGUAUGUUUAUGGUAUAUUGAAAGGCAAUGGUCUAGUCUAUGAUCUUACUACCUACACCAAAGGACAAUAAUAGAUUCGUAGUAGAUAUCAUUAGACUAUAAUUACGACGAUAAUAUUAUUAGGUAUCUUUUUUUAUUUGCAUCUUUCUGUUUAAAUUUACAGACAGAAAUGAUAUGCCAUGGUGAACAUAGUCGAAGAUAUUAUUCAACGUAGUGUGUAUCCCGUAUCAUAUGUUUGACCACAAUAAAUGUUUUGCUAUAGAAAUGUAUGAACUUUAAUAUCAACGUUUGCGUAAGUUGCUUAAUACUUCUUCUUUUUUGGAAAUACUAGACAUUGAUUUUUUUUUUUUUUGCUAAAUAAUACUCGACGUUGAUUUUACCCCCAAAAAAAUUACUUGACGUUGAAUUUUUUGAAAUUAACGCAGACUGAAUAUAAAUGACUUAAUUAUGGUUAAACGGUUGUAUUUACGACUAAACCGGAAUUAAUUUGCAAAACCAAUAUAAGUGAUGAUGAAAAUAACCAUCCGGUUUAUUUGCCUUGGGCAACAAGUCCCAACGAUAUCGCCUGUAGAGUUUGCAUGAGUUUCUUGUGAACUGUACAGUCGAUGGCAAAUCUCGUAAUAUCUUGAGAUAGUUCAAACCUAUAUGUAAUUUUAAGAAGAAUUCUGACGUGGCUUAUAACAACUAGUACGGACCGCCGAAAAUUCAUUUUUCUGUAAAUAGCAAAUUAUGAGAGAAAAAACGAUUGGGAAAAUAAAAGAAAAUAACAACGAUAAUUUAAUGUUAAUUAAUUUUGACCUGAUAAAACGGCAUAUUUAUAGUUUAAUCCGAUUUCAAAUUUAUCCAUAUUGUUUUUUUCUCUUUUGUAAAGAUAGGUUUAUCCAUACUGUUUAAAUACCAGUAUAUAUGCAUUCCUACUGUUUGUGUUUCUACUUAUUAAUUAUUUUAUGAUAAUAUAUCAUCAAAAUUGAAAUUAUAAACAAUUUUUAAAAAAUUAUCGUUAACAAAAAUUUUAAUUUAUUAAUCUAUGAUAAAAAAACUUACAGUAUUAUAAGUUAUAGAAUAAUUAAAAAAUCUUCUACUUAUCCAAAACAUAGAAGACAUUAAUUGAUUUUUACCCUGAUAAAACGGCAUAUUUAUAGUUUAACAUGAUUUCAAAUUUAUCCAUACUGUUUUUGCUUUGUAAAAAAUCAAUUUUCACUAUCUAAGGAUAAUUUAUCUUCAAAAGUAAAUAUUGUCGGUGUUUCUAAUUUUCACUAUCUAAGGAUAAUUUAUCUUCAAAAGUAAAUAUAUAAAAAAAAUACUAGUUUUUUCUAUAGUGAACAAUAUUCUUAAUUUAUUUAUUUUGAGAUAAAAGACUAAAGAUGAUUCUAAAUUGCAGAUAUGCUUAAAAACCUAUUGUAUUAAAAACGUAUGGGACAUUUAAUAAUUUUCUUUAUUGUCAAGAAACUUUUAUAGAUGAUUUCUUUCCUUGCUGAAGAAGAUGUAAAUUACAUUAAAUAUGAGACAAUUAAAAAUGGUCAAAAGGAUGUGGAUAAUUCCCAAAACGUUCAGGAAAUCGAAUUAAAUUAAGCGUUGAAUAAGCAGUAAAUCAAUGAAUUGCAUUAAAAAAAAAGGAAAAAGAGAUUCGACGAAGAUUUAUGUAAUUAGAGGAGAGAAUAUCGUAACAAACUAAAUAUUGACUCCUUGACUCAAACGUCUCUCUUAUCUAAAUCCAUUCCCCCCUCUCUCUCUAUAUAUAAAUAAAUACAUGUGUGUAUGUAUCGAACCCAUACAUUACACCCGAAACGCUCUCUCUUCUCUCUCGAUUAGGUUUCCUUCUACACUUGCUCUUCUUCUUCAUCAAUCUCUCUCUCUCUCUCUCUCGUUUCGAUUGCAACAAUGGUUGACGCUAAACAAGUCCGCUUCAUCGUCGGAGUUAUCGGGAACGUGAUCUCCUUCUUUCUCUUCUUCUCGCCAAUGCCGACGUUUUGGAGGAUCUUUAAGAACAAGUCUGUAGAGGAGUUUCAGCCGUGGCCUUACGUGGCAACGAUGAUGAACUGUAUGCUUUGGGUUUUCUAUGGACUCCCUGUUGUUCACAAGGAUAGUAUCCUUGUUACCACCAUUAAUGCGGUCGGCAUGGGAUUCGAAGCUUUCUACAUAUCCGUCUUCUUAAUCUACUGUGGCGGCAAGAAAAACUUCAGGAGGAACAUUGGGUUAUACCUUGUGGCUGAGGUUAUUGCGGUGGCUGGGAUUGUUUUGAUUACUCUUUUCGCUAUUCAAAACGAGUUUGCAAAACAGACGUUCGUUGGUGUCAUCUGCGACGUCUUCAACAUUGCUAUGUAUGGAGCUCCUUCACUUGUCAUCAAAAAAGUGAUAAGGACAAGGAGUGUAGAGUACAUGCCGUUUCUCUUGUCUUUCGUCAGUUUCGUUAACGCUGGGAUUUGGACUGCCUACUCUUUGAUCUACAAACUCGAUCUCUACGUUCUUAUAAGCAACGGUCUAGGAACAGCCUUGUGUGCAUCUCAGCUAAUUGUCUAUGGUUUGUACCGCAACGCUACUCCAAGGGAUGAGGAUAAAACGAAGCCAUCGGAGAUUGAAAUUCCAGCGACGGCCUGAUGUUCAAGUUGUUGAUGUUUGGAUCUUCUCUACUAUGCGUACAUGUACAUACACAUUUGUGUGUAUGUAUAAGGAUUUUUUUAUCUUUUCAGCUUUGUUUGGGUUUUGGUAGAAUCUUAAUAACAUUACUUCUUUUUUAAUUGUCUAUUUUCUGGAUGAUUUUUUUCUCAAGUAUUGAUUUGUCAAAAAUUUAUCCCUCCCUUCCCCAUUUUUUUCACUGAAUAUUAAGCUUUUGUUUUUCUA